UACCUGACCUGACGAGAUCUGGCAGCAGGACGGUGUGGAUCUUACAGUAGUAACCAGAGAGACGUGUCCUGUGGGAUUGUGUAGUAGUGGAAGGGCGUCCCGGUGUCCCGGCAAGCUCCUGCACACCAUGGCUGUCCUCUUCCCAUCCAGCGAGUCCUUUUCUACCAAGCAGUUCUGACAGAGACUUCCAGUGAAAAUGAAGCUUCCCCCUAUGUCAUCCCACUUCUCUGCCAAGAGAGGGUAGCAGGAGUGGCACUGCUGCCAAAGAUUCUGUAUUCUUUACCCCUUCGCGCUUCCUUCUCUGUCCUUUCUGAGUUGGAGUUUUCCUGCCCUUGCUGGCCCUGCGUACCUGGGGCUCUUCAUGCUGGGGAAGACUCGAUGAGCAGGGAGUUGGGGCUGAUGGUCCUCAUGGGUCCCUUCCAACUCGAUAUUUUAUGAUUCUAAGUAUUUUGAUGGCUACUUUGGGGAUAGAAAUGACCAAACCAGCAAUCCAAAGGGUAACCUGAGGCAUGUAAGGGGAAAGGCUGGGACAGAAGCCCCUUGUGACCUAAUGGAACCAUGCGUGACCAGUACAGCUGGUGUUUGUGAGGUCAAGGUCACAGGCAGGAACCCCUCUGCCAUCCCUGGGGGCAGCCAGGGAUCUCGUGACCCCUCCAGUACGGACUCGCGCCAGCAGUGCCAUGGCCAACGCAGGGGUGAAAACUCUCCUGCAGUCGAAGGAGAUCAGGGAGGCCACGGACCCCACCUCGGGCACCCAUGCACAGCCUGCAGCCCCCAGGCCCCUCCUGGGCCUGGGUGUCCCCCAGGCCCUCGCCAAACCCGCGGCCACCUUGUUCCUUGGCCAUGGGGGUCCCUGUCACACCUCUGCCCCACGGCGUGUCAGUCCCCCCAGCGCGGAGUUCCCCGGGAGCACUCCUCCCCCAAACUGCUGCAGCCUGAAGCGAACCUUCGCCUGCACCAACUUGCUGCUGCUCAGCCUGGCCGACCCCGAUGACGCCACAGAUGAGGCGGCUUCCCCUGGCCCCUGCCGACACAUCCUGUGCCCCGAGGAUAACACCGAGCCCACCGCCCCGCCGGUGAGUAACCCUGGGGUCCCCUGGCACCCCACUAAUGAGGGACUGGCUGGGGUGCCCCAAGAUCCCGCUGCGCGCUUCUGCAGUGCUCAGGAGGAACUGGGGACCGUGACAUCUCCUGAGGACACCCCCACACCCCUCUCCAUACCCCCAGGGCUCCCAGAUUCCCCAAGGAAGCCCUGAUGCCUCUCCUCCUCUAGUGAGAGAACCCCAGGACUGCAGGGAGUACCCCCAUAGUACUCCCAGAGUCCCAGGGACAUCCCCACAGCUCUAGCACCCCAAGAGCCAGCCCCAAUCCCCCAUAUCCUAAGGUUGUGGGGCCCAGGGGGCUGCUCUAGGUCCCAGACUGAGUCCCAAGGCUCAAGGACUGGUGUGGGGCAGCUUGUGGGGCCCUGGUAUCACCGGGGCUUUUUGGAACAGAUAACCCUCCCUGGGUAGAGGGAAUGGAUCUCUCCCCCCUCAAUCAGGGAGGGGUUUGACUGUCACAACCCCACCAAAAAAGACAAUACAGGACAUAAAAUGUGUCCCGGCACAGUUACGACAGGAGCAUUCAUCACCACCGCCUCGCCUGUCCCACUGAAGACAGCGCGUGGUGCUCAGCAGGACCACGCACCCAUUGUGAGACGCCAUUCUGCUGACAGCCUGCUGGACCUCCACAAAUACAGUGUGGCUCUUCCCUUGGGGACUCUGGGCCUCGUUACACCUCUCAAAUCCUUUGAGUCUCAUUUCCCUCUUGCGCUAAACGUGGGUGAUGCAUUAGUUUGACAAUGAAAUCAAAACUCUUCUGGGUUUGUACAAUAUUGUUCCUUUAAAUGUCCUCUGUGUUACACACCCCCAUACACUUAUGUACACACAGGAGUAAAGGGAAUACAUACAUCUUCUACGUAACUUCCUUUUGAUCCUACUACCUAAAAAUAUAUUGGAACCGCUCUGA